UUAUGAUUAAUUAUUCAUGAUAAUUAUGCAAGAUUAUGUGAUUUCGUAAUGCAUCUGGGAUUCUGGGGAAGAAAAGGAGACCUCCUGAGUCAUGAUUCAUUGGCAUUGCCAUGAUUUAGUAAAUUUUGCUUUCGACGAAACUCGUUCAUCUUAUCAUUUUUCAUGUUCGCUAUACCAGCAUAGAGAGAAACAGGGAUACAUUCCACUUUGGCAAAUUAAAUGAAAUAAAACGGCGAAGAGGGACAAGUUCAGGGAAAGAAGUGUCGAAGAAAAUGCCGCCUUUAUCUAAGCCUUCGAAAGAAGAUAUGAAGAAAUUCAUUGAGGAUGCCAUCAACUCGCACACUGUCACUAUGUUCGCUUUCACAUCUUGUCCUUUUUGCAAACAGGCUAAUGAACUUUUUUCAUCCAUUGGAAUCACAAUUCAUUCAGUAAAUCUUGAUAAAAUGGAUAAUGGUGAGGCCAUCAAAGAUGUUCUACAAGAAAAAACAGGCCAAUUGUUUCUUCCAAUUAUAUUCAUUCGCCAAAAACUUGUUGGCGGAUGGACGGACUUGAGCAAGCUGAUGGAGGAGAAAAAACUUAAGUCAUUUAUCAACCCUAGAGCAGAACAGUACGAUUAUGAUCUUGUUGUUAUUGGAGGUGGCUCAGGUGGAUUAGCAUGCAGCAAGGAAGCAAGCAAGUAUGGUGUUAAAGUUGCUGUGCUGGAUUUCAUCAAACCAACACCUUCUGGAACAACAUGGGGUCUUGGUGGAACAUGUGUGAAUGUUGGUUGUAUUCCUAAGAAAUUGAUGCACCAAGCAGCAUUGCUUGGCGGAGCCAUCAAAGACUCCACAAAGUUUGGCUGGCAAUUGGACCCAGAGAAAGUUCAACACGACUGGACAACGAUGAAGGACGCUAUUCAAAGUUAUAUUGGCGGUCUGAAUUUUGGCUACCGCGUCGCUCUACGUGACAAGGGAGUGAAGUAUCUCAACGCUUAUGGAGAAUUGAUGGAUGCCCAUCGAAUUAAAACGACAAACAACCGUGGAAAAGUUACUGAAAUUACCACUGAGAGGAUUGUUCUUGCCAUGGGCGAACGUCCGCGUUAUCCAGAUAUUCCUGGGGCGAGGGAACUAGCAAUAACAAGCGAUGAUCUUUUCUCUUUGCCGUACUGUCCUGGUAAAACACUCGUCGUUGGAGCUUCCUACGUCGCCCUUGAGUGUGCUGGUUUCCUGGCGGGUAUUGGUCUUGACGUCACCGUCAUGGUGCGAUCCAUCUUCUUACGUGGAUUCGAUCAGCAAAUGGCCGAGAAAGUUGGUGAAUACAUGGAAAAAGAACACAUUACAUUUUUAAAGAAGUGUGUGCCGACUAAGAUUGAAAUGGUCGAAGAUGGUCAACCAAAAAAACUUAAAGUUUAUUACAAAUCCUUGGAAAGCGGUGAAGAGCUUCACGGCGAGUACAACACAGUUCUACUUGCUAUUGGACGCGAUUCUUGCACUCAAGGGAUUGGACUAGAAAAUGUUGGGGUAGCAUUGAAUCCAAAGACGAGAAAAGUCGUCGUUGACGAAAAAGAACAAACGAACGUCCCAAAUAUUUAUGCUCUUGGCGACAUACUUGAAAACAGACUUGAGCUGACGCCAGUUGCUAUAGAAGCGGGUGUCUUGUUAGCGCGAAGACUUUACGCAGGAAGCAGCACUUUGUGUGAUUAUAUCAACGUUGCAACCACAGUGUUCACACCAUUGGAAUAUAGUUGCUGUGGUUACUCAGAGGAAGACGCCAUUGCAAAAUUUGGAAUAGACAACCUCGAGACAUACCACACGAAUAUUUGGCCUCUCGAGUGGACCGUAGCUCAGAAAGACAACAAUAUUUGUUACGCCAAAUUGAUCUGUAACAAAUUAGAAAAUGAACGUGUUGUCGGAUUACAUAUUGCCUGCCCGAACGCAGGCGAGGUGAUGCAAGGAUACGCUUGCGCUAUCAAGUGCGGAGCCACGAAAGCCGAUUUUGAUCGAACAAUCGGAAUACACCCGACGGUUUCCGAGGUAUUCACGACAAUGAACAUAACGAAAAGUUCGGGCGAAGACAUCAGUCAAAAAGGAUGCUGAGGUUAGAUCCUGCUGCGGCGAAUUUUGGGUUGAGAAAAAACAGUUCUCUGUCCCAAAACACUGCAGCUUGGAAGAGUUCGACGAGCUUAUUACCAAUUACAUGGGAAACCAUGAUUUAUGACGGUUCUUUCCGAAGUCUUUAAUUAAGGAGGAUGGAACUUGAUUCGGUGUAUCUCGUUGGACACAAACACACACAAAUGAUUUCAUUACAAUGUAUAUUAUAUAGCUAGUUACAUUUGUCUGUUCCAACAGACUAUAAUACCGCAAAGCAAUCGUAUUUGUUUCUACACCGAUUGCAUCUUUCUAUUGUUACAAACAAUACAAACAUUGGUCUCUCGAAAGUCAAAACAUAUUUUUAAAAAACACCGUAUAAAGUGUUACACCGUGUAAUACAUAAUAUCUCAGUAGA